AUGGACCUGGUGACCUUUGCCGAGCGCCUGCCGCAAGACGGAGAGACCGUGGUGGGUGAACGAUUCGUUACCUAUCCCGGCGGGAAGGGCGCUAACCAGGCGGUGGCCGUUGCGCGGCUCGGCAUGCCGGCAGCGAUGGUGGGUCGCGUUGGGGAUGAUACGUUCGGCCCGCAACUGGUUGAGUUGCUGCAGUCUGCUGGUGUCGACACGCGGGGAGUCGGAAUCACCAGCAAUGCCAGUUCAGGCAUUGCGGUCAUCAGCAUAGGCGAAGGGGCUCAAAACCGCAUUGUGCAGGUCCUGGGAGCCAACAACACCUGCGGCGCUGCCGAGUUUGACGUGGUGGCCGGGUUAUUGCCGAGGGCGUCCGCUCUGAUGUUGCAGCUGGAAGUGUCGGUGAAUUUGUCAAUGAGAGUUGCCGGCCUGGCGGCGCAGCAGGGGGUAUCGGUGAUGCUGGAUCCGGGCCCAGUGCGGCCCAUUCCUGCGGAGUUCUUUGCCAGCGUGUCCAUCAUCACGCCCAACGAAACGGAAGCCGAGGCGUUGGUUGGAUUCCCGAUCGUCGACCUGAACGCGGCUCAGGCGGCUGCGAAUGAGUUGAUACGUCGUGGAGUCGGUGCGGCGGUUAUCAAGAUGGGCUCUCAGGGUGCGUAUUGGUGUGAUGGCUCUACCAGCGGGCACGAGCCGGCAUUCCCGGUAAUGGCAGUGGAUACGGUGGCCGCGGGCGAUGCGUUCAACGGGGCAUUAGCGACGGCGUUGGCUACGGGUCAAUCGUUGCCGGAUGCCGUGCGCUGGGCUUCGGCGGCGGGCGCGGUGGCGGUUACCAAAAUCGGAGCGCAAGAUUCCAUGCCCACCUUCGCGGAAGUUGCCGCCCUUGCCGCCACCCGUUCCGCCACGGGUUCCAGUUGA